GAGGGGGGGCGGGACGUUGGGGGAGGCCGGGCCGCCUGGUGGUAACCCCUCCCUGUCCGGGCUUCGGGGCUCAGGACCCGGGCAGGGCCCGCUUGCUGGCCCCUGGGCCCCCUCCGGGUCUCCGCGUCCUUAGGGAUCCCCCGCCCCCGGACUCCCUGGGGUCUCCUCUGGUCCCGGCACCCGGCCCUCGGGCCCUAGGGGCAGAGCCGACCCGCCCCUCCCCACUUCCGCGAGGGGACAGGGGCGGGGUUACGAAAUGGGCACCUCGGCCCGGGGGCGGGGCCUUCCCUAAGGGGCAAGGCAAAGGCAUCUCGAAUUGGGGCUUGGCAGGGGCCAGGGCAGCGGGUUAUUAAGGCUAGGGGUGGGCGGAUUCCCAGGGUAUUGGGGUCAGGGUGGCAUUAGCCCAGCUCAAGCCAGGCUGGGCUGACUCAGCAUCCCGUCCCCACCAACCCUCGUCCCCGACAACUCUGCUUCCCCUUGGGCAGAGAUGGGAGAUGGCGCCGGUGUUGCCCUUGGUGCUGCCCCUGCAGCCCCGCAUCCGUCUGGCACAGGGGCUCUGGCUCCUCUCCUGGCUGCUGGCGUUGGCGGGUGGCCUCACCCUUCUCUGUAGCGGGCACCUCCUGGUUCAGCUGUGGCACCUCAGCACCUUCUUGGCUCCCUCCUGCCCAUUUGCCGCCCUGCCCCAGGUUGCCCUGGCAGCCGGCACGGUGGCUCUGGGCACAGGCCUGGUGGGUGCAGGAGCCAGCAGGGCCAGUCUGGAUGCAGCUCAAUACCCUCCGUGGAGAAAGGUCCUCGGCCCGCUGCUGGUGGCCGGCACAGCUGCAGGCGGAGGUCUUCUGGUCUUCGCCCUGGGGCUGACCCUGGCUUUACCUGGGAGUCUGGACACUGGGCUGGAGGAGGGCCUGGGGACUGCCUUGGCUCACUAUAAAGACACAGAAGUGCCCGGACACUGUCAUGCCAAACGGCUGUUGGAUGAGCUCCAGCUGAGGCACCACUGCUGUGGGCGGCACGGAUACAAGGAUUGGUUUGGGGUCCAGUGGGUCAGCAGCCGUUACUUGGAUCCCAGUGACCAGGACGUGGUUGAUCGGAUCCAGAGCAACGUGGAAGGCCUAUAUCUGAUCGACGGUGUCCCUUUUUCCUGCUGCAACCCCCACUCGCCCAGACCUUGCCUGCAAAGCCGGCUCUCAGACCCCCACGCACACCCUCUCUUUGAUCCCCGUCAGCCCAACCUAAACCUCUGGACACAAGGAUGCCACGCAGCACUGCUGGGGCACCUGCAGAGCUUGGCGAGCACACUGGGCAGCACGCUGACUGUCACCUUCAUGUUGCAGAUUCUGGUGCUCCUGGGCCUGCGGUACCUCCAGACGGCACUGGAGGGGCUUGGAGGAGUCAUCGAUGGGGAGGGAGAGGCCCAGGGCUAUCUCUUUCCCAGUGGGCUGAAAGACAUGCUGAAAACAGCAUGGCUACAGGCGGGGGUUGCUCACAGGCCAGCACCUGAGGAGGCCCCAGCAGAAGAGGCACCUCCUAAGGAGGGUCUACCUGAGGCCUAGUGGCCUGAAGCUUGGGAAGUGGGGGGGGGGGGGGGGUCUGGGCAGGGGGGAGGGGAGGGAUGGACAGGAAUGAAAACCUCACAACUCUGUACCAAGGCUCCAGAUGGGGGAGUCCCUGCGAUUAGGGGGGUUAAGGAUAGUCAGGGAGCUGGACUGGUAGCAGCAAGAGAACUAGGUGUCCGGGGCCUAGCCCCUGUGGCCAGAACCACCGGACAACCAGAAAGCACACGGGGUGAUGGGAGAGCAACGUGGGGAGAGCUGGAGACUGCUCCUGGCACACAGACUCAAUAAAGCUUUUGGACUGAAA